AUGAAGUUCAUCAUUCCCACUAUCUUGAGCGCCUUGACUGUUGUCCUAGCCACAUCUUCUACUCCUGGCGCAGAUAAUAUCUUAUCUCGGCGAGACCGAGAGUGCGACCUUUGCAAAAAAGUAAAUGGCCAGGUUGUCAACGACUUGCCCGAGUCUGCCACUGAGGAAGACAUCAUCUCAACUUUGGAAAAUGUCUGUUCGAAGUUUAAAUCGGACAAAUCAGAGUGCGAUACAUUCCUUGAGCAAUACUCGAACGAAUUAGUCAGCAUUUUGGUUGAAGAAGGUGACCCUGAGCGUGUUUGCGCAUUGCUUGGCGUGUGUGUCUAG